CUUCAUUCCUCCACCCUCACACCCACCCAACCCUGGCAUUUCCGUCCUACACACCCCUGUUAACAAUGGCGACCCCGGCUGCCAGCUUUGUGCAGAUGAGCGCUUAUUGCCGAAAUCUUGCCGUCGAAUUCGAGAAUCUUAGUGCCAUGCCAGCUGUGCAUGAUGCUCAGAGCAUCGCCCAGGAGCUGCGUGCUAUGAACCAGGAUCUGCGUGAUAUUAAAGAAGUCCUGAAGAAAUUAACUUCCCAAAUGGAUAACGUCCGAUCGGAUGUUAAGGUCUUCUCAACAGAGAAUCAAGCUCGUGAUGGCAAUGCUCUAAUUCGGCUGGAGAAUGCCAGAGCGAAUACUCCUGGAUCUCGACUCCAGCCACUCUUCAGCCAUAUGAAUGGAGCUCCUAUCGAAAACUUCCCACGAACACUUGGCGAAGUUUCAGAACUCAAUGAACAACAAGUGAACAUCUUUCUAUGUGCAUUGGGUCUUACUACCGAUGGGUCCUUGGAGGAACGGCUUCGAAGAUUCUUGUUUGCUUGUGGCGUCUCGCAUAAGCUUCUCUGAUCGUGAUGGACUGGGGGUUCGGAAGGGCUUGUAUUUGUAUGGUCCGCGCCCAGGGGCUCGUGAUGGGGGCUAGCUGGAAGUGCAGUGCGGUGCGGUUUCCGCUGUUGCGUCAUGGCGUGAUGGUCAUGGCUGGGACGAGGAACGCGUGAGGCUGCUACUAUCCGCGUGUCCGGUCAUCGGCAUCUUUACGACUCCGUAUCAUAAGAUGAUGAGAUCAUGUCUCAAUACAUUCAGCUUCUCCAUGUCUGGGUGGUAACAAAUUCAGC